CACCUUGCACGGGUUUCAUUCGAGUAGGCGUUUUGUUCUCUAUAUUCGUCAUAUAUGACAAGCUAAGUGCCCCGUGUGGCCGUGCCCAAAGCAGUCGAGUGGCGGGAAAAUUGUCUGACAAGCCAGGUUAUGUGUCAUUCUCUUCAUAUUCAUCUCAAUCUUCUUAGCAAUUUGCAACAAUUAGGGUUUUCAGUAUAUAAUCUCUGAUUCUUUGUGUUCCAUGCACUGUAUUCCACACCCAAUCAUAUGAAGUAUUACCCUAAAGAACCGUUGAUGAUUAUACAUUAGAGUCUUGUCGUUGAAUCGUUAGAUUAUAGUCAUUUUUACUUUCGUCGGCGUCUAAAAUUAUUUCACGUUUUCUUUCCAAGAACAUAAGUGGUGAUUAAGCGAUUUAGGAUUGUGCUUAUAUAUGUAAUUCUUAUCCGUGUGAACAAAUUUGAAACAAUUUCGGUUGCUGAUUUUGUAUUCAGACAUGUCAGAUAUUCGGAAAUGGUUCAUGAAGAAACAUGAUACUGGAAAUGACAGUGCUGCCAAGCCUUCCGCGAUGAAGCCUUUGCCUGAUAAACCUCCUGCCACUACUUCGCACACACCAAAACCGGGAGGUCAAGAAAGUGCUGCGAGGAGGAAAACAAGCAAAUAUUUUGAUAAAGAUCAAGAGAAGUUGAAGGUUGAGACCAAAAAAGUGGAGGUGCCAUCCAAAAGAAAGUCAGAAAAGGGAGAUGAGGAUUCUCAUAUUGAUAUCAAACCUUCACCUGCAAAGAAGGUCCACAAAGUAAAGGAUGUAGAUGAUGCUGAUGACGACUUUACUCCAAUUAGUUCAAAAAAGAAGUCUGUUGAUACUACUCCUAGCAAAAGACAAAAGGGAAGUUCAGGAAGUGGUGUCUCCAAGAAAAAUGUAGUUGCUGAUGAAGGUGAUGAUGAAAUGGAUGAGGAUAAGGAGACACCAACUCCUGUCAAAUCUGCUGGAAGGGGUCGUGGGAGGGGAGCACCAUCAGGCACUUCGUCUGGUGGAAGAGGAAGGGGAGCUGGUGGACGGGGAGGAUUUAUGAACUUUGGUGAGAGGAAAGACCCACCCCACAAAGGAGAAAAGGAAGUCCCCGAAGGUGCCCCAGAUUGUUUAGAUGGGCUGACUUUUGUUAUUUCUGGGACACUUGACAGCUUGGAGAGGGAAGAAGCUGAAGAUUUAAUCAAAAGACAUGGAGGUCGCGUAACUGGGUCUGUUAGCAAGAAAACGAAUUAUCUUUUGUGUGAUGAAGAUAUUGGGGGACGGAAGUCUGCUAAAGCGAAAGAAUUAGGAACUUCUUUUCUUACAGAGGAUGGCUUGUUUAAUUUGAUCCGUGCAUCUCAAAAAUCAAAAAUCCUUGCUUCAGAUAAUUCAAAGAAACCAUAUGAAAGCACUCCAUCAUCUGCUGCAAAGAAAACUCAGCAGAAUGUGGAAGUGAAGAAAUUUGGAGGGAUCUCGUCUUCCAAUAAGGCUCCAAAUUCAUCAGUUAGUUCAUCCCCUGCAAAGAAAAAGGAUAUCUCAAAGAAAGGCGCUUCUUUGACAUGGGCAGAGAAAUACAGACCCAAAACUCCAAAUGAUAUAGUUGGCAAUCAGGCACUUGUUAAACGUCUUCAUGAUUGGUUGUCACAUUGGGAAGAGCAGUUUCUGCAUAAUAAAGGAAAGGAGAAGGGGAAGAAGCAAAGUGAUUCUGCAGAGAAAAAGGCAGUCUUAAUGAGUGGGACUCCAGGUAUAGGGAAAACUACCUCAGCAAAGUUAGUUAGUAAGAUGCUGGGUUAUGAGACAAUUGAGGUCAAUGCUAGUGAUAAUCGUGGAAAAGCUGAUUCUAAAAUUGGCAAAGGAAUUAGUGGAAGCACUGCAAAUUCCGUAAAGGAGCUUAUUAGUAAUGAAUGUCUUGGUGGUAAUCUGGAUAGGUCAAAGCACCCAAAGACUGUUCUGAUUAUGGAUGAGGUUGAUGGCAUGUCUGCUGGUGACAGAGGUGGGGUUGCGGACUUGAUUGCUAGCAUCAAGAUAUCCAAAGUCCCAAUAAUCUGCAUUUGUAACGAUCGUUAUAGUCAGAAACUGAAAAGUCUAGUAAACUACUGUUCACAAUAUAAUUUCCGGAAGCCUACAAAACAGCAGAUUGCAAAGAGGUUGUCGCAAAUCGCAAAUGCAGAAGGGCUUAAAGUGAACGAGAUUGCUUUGGAAGAGCUGGCAGAGAGAUGUAAUGGAGAUAUACGCAUGGCUGUGAAUCAGCUGCAAUAUAUGAGCUUGUCCAUGUCAGUUAUUGGAUAUGACGAUAUAAGGCAGCGCUUUCUUGGCAGCGCCAAGGACGAAGACAUUUCACCUUUUACUGCUGUUGACAAGCUGUUUGGCUUCAAUGGUGGGAAGUUAAGGAUGGAUGAAAGAAUUGACCUGAGUAUGAGUGACCUUGAUUUGGUUCCACUUCUUAUCCAGGAAAAUUAUAUAAAUUAUCGGCCAAACUCUGCGUGUAAAGAUGAUGGUGGGAUGAAAAGAAUGAGCUCUCUUGCCCGUGCAGCCGAAUCAAUUGCUGAUGGAGAUAUUAUUAAUGUACAAAUAAGAAGAUACAGGCAGUGGCAGCUCUCUCAAAGUAGCUGUAUUUCCUCCUGCAUAAUACCGGCCUCAUUGAUGCAUGGACAGAGGGAGACAUUUUUGAAGGGUGAAAGAAAUUUCAACAGGUUUGGUGGGUGGCUUGGAAAGAAUUCAACAAUGGGAAAGAAUCUAAGGAUUCUAGAGGAUCUUCAUGUCCAUAUGGUUGCAUCUAACAACUCGUAUUUAGGGAGGGGAACUUUACGUCUUGAUUUCCUUACACUUCUUUGUAAAAAGUUGACUGAACCACUUCGGGCUCUUCCUAAGGAGGAAGCUGUAAAACAAGUUGUAGAAUUUAUGGAUACUUACUCAUUGAAUAUGGAGGACUAUGAGACGCUAAUGGAGCUGUCGAAAUAUCAGGGACGUCCUAGUCCAACAGAUGGUAUAUUGCCAGCAGUAAAAGCUGCUUUAACAAAAGCAUAUAAAGAAGGUAGCAAUUUACGCGUGGUGCGGACAGCUGACAUGAUCACCCUUCCUGGAUUGAAAAAGGCUCCUAAGAAGAGAAUUGCUGCUAUCUUGGAGCCGGUCGAUGAACUUGGUGAGGAAACUGAUGAUAUCAACGAGGAAAAUGAAGAAGAGAAUACUGAAGAUACUGAAGAGCUCGAUGAUACUGAUGAUGUGAAGAACAUCAAGUUGGAUCUCGAGAGCAACCAUGCAAAAGGGGUUGUGGUACAAUUGGAACUGAAAGGUGCUGGAAGUUCAGGCACCAAAAAGGCGCAAAAGGCUCCAGCAGGGAAAGGCAAGGGAGGUGCUGCUGAGCCCGCAUCAGGGAAGAGAGGCGGGCGUGUGUCAGGAACUGCUGCCAAGAGGAAGAGAUGAUUGUUGAGCAAAAAAAAAAAGUUAAAAAACGAGUUGCCAGGUCUAAUCAUUUAUCAAUGGUACUACUCUUCUUAUAUUUCUAUUGUUGGGACUAAUUGUUUAUGUAGAUUUUUGGUAUAUUUUUCUUGUAGUGUUUAGUCUUCUGAUUGCUUUUACGAUCUACCCUAUCAAAAUUUUGUAUGUAGUUCUGAUAGGAUGAAUUUCUAUGAUAUAAAAAGGGGGCAAGUCGUUCAUUAAUGAAUUACGAAUUAUGAAUUAUGAUCUCAGGGUGCAUAGGAUAAAUUCUUGCUUGUAAUGACUAAUGAAGCGGGCCAAAUAGGAUUAGGUUCUAAAGCCUAAGGAGUUAUACAAUGGUCUGGUUCCGCUGUGGAUCUGUUUUGGUUCGUAAAUUUGCAAACCUCAGUUGUGCUCCGCUGAGUUGUAAAAUUUUAAAAUCUACCAAACAUGGAUUUACACAUACAAUACAACUUGAGAUAUCUAUCUCAAUUAAUUAGAAGUUUACUUUGGAUUUUCUACCGAUGCUAGAAUUUUUUUAGUUUUUUCAAUUUCUUUCCUAAUACUUUGACUUAUUUCCUGUAAAUUAUUGUUCAGAGUACAGACUACAUAGGUACAGGUUGUUUGCAUGAUAAUAAUAUGUUGAAAAAGUAAUCCCUUCUCCUUACUUAAAAUAUGAAUAUGAUGAAGAGUCUAUUACUCAAUCUAAUAGUUAGAAUUACUUGAUAGAGAAAAAUAUGGGGAAUUUUGAGAUUUUAUUUUUUAUUCUUAAAUAGAUGUCAUAAUCUUAAUAAGGGUAAUAGUAAAAAGUAAUAGAGAAACCUAAUAUCUGCUCCAUAAGCUAUUAUAAUUGUCAUGUUUUUAUUCGACACUGCUUUUCUUUCCCUUGGUCAACGUAACCCCUUUGAAAAGUAUUUUUCAAACUAAGCGUCUAGGAAAUAGUUGUCCAAAACAGUGAGUUGGAAUCCUAUUCGGCUGAAGUAUGAGUUUCAAGGGAGAACUAGAAGUCGCUGGUAGUGAUAGUGAUCUAACUUAAAUAAAAAUUGUUAUUCGUAGCAUUUUUUUUACUGCUCAAAAUGGUAGAAAAUAGAGGAAACUGAAUUUUUCAUUUAAGAAAAAUCUCAAAGUAAUUUUAUCAAAAAACAAGGAAAAAUUACUUCAAUUGUGUUCAAAUUUAUGCUUCCCAACUUUCAAAUCAUUGAAAUAAAUAGUCUAUUAAAAUCAAAAAUAAGAAAUUAAGCGUUUAAGUCGAGUGAUU